GUCGGUAAGAUGGCGGCCGUGAGUCUGAGGCUCGGAGACUUGGUGUGAUAAAAAGAAGUACGUGCUCCAGGCUGUGACAACUGCAGUUUCUCAUCCGAAAAAUUGACAGUGAUGUGAAGUUGUCUAAUUUAUAUAGAAAAGGGGAAGCUGGGCCGGUAUCCUCCAUGGCCAGGAAAGAUUGUUAAUCCACCUAAAGAUCUGAAGAAACCCCGUGGAAAAAAGUGCUUCUUUGUGAAGUUUUUUGGAACAGAAGAUCAUGCUUGGAUCAAAGUGGAGCAGCUGAAGCCGUAUCACCUUCACAAAGAGGAAAUGAUAAAGAUUAAUAAGGGUAAGCGCUUCCAGCAAGCCGUGGAUGCUGUAGAGGAGUUUCUUAGAAAAACCAAAAGCAAGGAUCAGGCAUCUUCCCAUAACUCCAAUGAAGAGAAGAAUCGGCGUAAUUCCAGUGAAGAAAGAGGCAAGCAAUCCGCUGGUGAAGAGAAGCGCAAAGCCAGUUUGUCUGAAGGGAAGUUGAAGAAGGGCACAGGGGAAGGAAAAAAGAGGGUCUCUUCUGUAUCAUCAGAGAGAGGAUCAAAAUCACCUUUGAAAAGAGUCCAGGAUCAGAGCCCCCGAAAGCGGGGGCGUCCACCCAAGGAUGAGAAGGACCUCACAAUUCCAGAGUCAAGUACAGUGAAGAGAGUGAUGACUGGAACAGUGGCUGGAUUCAAAUGGCCGCCAAGUGUCAGUGAGCCCGUGAAGGACAAUGACCCACACUUCCAUCACUUCCUGCUGAGCCAGACAGAGAAGCCAACUGUCUGCUAUCAAGCUAUCACAAAGAAGCUGAAGGUUUGCGAAGAGGAAACAGGAUCCACCUCCAUCCAGGCAGCAGACAGCACAGCAGUCAAUGGCAGUAUCACGCCUACAGACAAAAAGAUAGGAUUUCUGGGACUUGGCCUGAUGGGAAGUGGCAUUGUCUCCAACUUGCUGAAAAUGGGUCACACUGUCACUGUCUGGAAUCGGACUGCUGAGAAGUGUGAUUUGUUCAUCCAGGAGGGGGCACGUCUGGGAAGAACCCCUGCUGAAGUUGUCUCCACCUGUGACAUCACCUUUGCCUGUGUAUCAGAUCCAAAGGCAGCAAAGGAUCUGGUACUUGGUCCGAGUGGAGUGUUGCAGGGGAUUCGUCCAGGGAAGUGUUAUGUGGAUAUGUCCACCGUGGAUGCAGAUACAGUCACAGAGCUGGCCCAGGUGAUAGUAUCCCGAGGUGGUCGCUUUUUGGAAGCACCGGUCUCGGGAAAUCAGCAGCUGUCUAACGAUGGGAUGCUCGUGAUCCUGGCAGCUGGUGACAGGGGUUUGUAUGAGGACUGCAGUAGCUGUUUCCAAGCGAUGGGGAAGACCUCUUUUUUUCUAGGUGAAGUAGGCAAUGCUGCGAAGAUGAUGCUUAUUGUGAACAUGGUCCAAGGCAGUUUCAUGGCUACGAUAGCAGAAGGACUGACUCUGGCUCAGGUGACUGGUCAGUCCCAGCAGACCCUUCUGGAUAUCCUCAAUCAGGGACAACUUGCCAGCAUCUUCCUGGACCAGAAGUGCCAAAAUAUCUUGCAAGGAAAUUUUAAACCUGAUUUCUACCUGAAAUACAUCCAGAAGGAUCUUAGAUUAGCUAUUGCAUUGGGUGAUUCUGUCAACCACCCAACUCCCAUGGCAGCUGCAGCCAAUGAGGUCUAUAAACGAGCAAAAGCAUUGGACCAGUCGGACAACGAUAUGUCUGCAGUGUACAGGGCCUACAUCCACUAGGCUGCACCAUUCUUACUGUUAAUACUAUGAUUAUUGAUUAAUAUUAUUAUGAUACUGGGUUUUAACUCUGGACCAGUCCAUCUCUGUCUCUCCAUUUCCUUUUAUACACAGACUCUGAGAUCUGCCGCGAAGGCAGCUGCUGUGGUGAGCCUUCCCCUGGUGGCGAAAGCGGGGGGGGGAGGAGGAGGCUCGGAUUGUUGCAGUCUGAUUAGAAAAUCCAUGCCAUGCACUGACAGUCAUGGAACAGGACAGUGGCGGCUCGUUCAGAAGCUCUGAGGCAACUCUGCCAGAAAUCUGCUGCUUGGCUGCUUUUGUUUUCCUCUUUGUAUGCUUGUCCAAGAUGCUGUUUCUGAUGAUUCCUUUUCUCCUUUGCUGUGAAAUAAUGUGUGUGUUGGACUCUCUGCAUCAAGGGGACAGGUGACAUAUGUCCCAUCUACCUGUGAAUAUCAGUAAAGGCCUUGGUCCCAAUUAAGGUGAGGAGCAUUCCUGUUCGUCACCCACCUUUAGAGAACAAAGCACCUCCCAUGGAGGAGAAGGGCAGUUCCAGAAGGUAAUGGGGUUGCAUGCAAUGCUGUCUUGAUUCUGUUCCCUUUUUAAACUUCCACCUCCCUGGCACCUUGAUGGAGGAAUUCCUCAUACCGACAGGAAGAACCGAUUGCAUCCAUGUCUUCCCCUGUACAGACAACUUUAGCUUAGGGAACGUAAACCUUAGUGAAAAUGAGAGAAUGCCAAUGUAAAUAUAGCCUCCUAAAAGGUUAAUCACAGCUGCCCAUCCCACAAACAGUAUUGGAGAUUAACAUGUUUGCCUAGAAGACUGUGAGAAAAGCGCGCAGCUUAAAACUGGGCCAAAGGUAUUUUACUUGGUGAAGGAACAAACCUUAGGAUUGCUCCUGGCCUCUGGCCUUAGUUUAUGUUGAUUUACUUGCUAUAUACACACACACACACAGACACACACACACACACACACACACACACAUAUAUAUAUGUAUGUAUAUAUAUAUGCACACCCUAGUAGUUAAUCUUUACAAAGGCUUCUUGGACUAGCGGUGUCACAAGCAGAGUGAUGAGUCUGAAAGGGGUGAGCAGAAUGAUUGUAGAGCUGAGAGUUUGAGGGGCUUGAGCUCCUUUCCAGGCUCUCUCUGGCCUUUGCAUGGUCAUUUUAUCUCUUAGCCUGUUUUCCCCAUCUUUAAAGGUGGGUGAUAAUUACCUACCUCAGAGGGGUAUUAUGUACUGAUUAGUGAUCUUUGUACAUGUCAAAUUUUCCAUACCUGUGCAUAAUGUUACUACUCUGGGUACAACAUUAGUGCAUGUGAGUUUUCUGUGUACUUGUGACUCUGCUUGUGGCCAGAUACCAACUUCUAGAAAGACUGGUAAAUAAAAUGGGAGCCUAAGACUUCUGCUGAGCUCUAGCCUAAAAAUGUGGGAAUUGAGCUGCAGAUGGCCAGUGCUUAAGAGCAGCGAAGCUGUCAGUGUUGACAGAGCAAGCCAGAGUCCAAAGGAUUGCCUGUCUCUCUAAAAAUGCAUAAAGCAUGGGGUUUUUAAUUCUCUCAGUAUUAGCCUUUUAGGAAGGUUCUUGCAUUUUUGUUUUGAGAGUUGGUGAAAUGCCAGUAAGAAGCUUUAUUGGCCCAAAUCACUUCUUAGUAACACCAUCUCCUCCCUUGAGUUGGGAUUUGAAAAGAAAACAAAUUCCAAAUAGACCAUGUUCCUUUAAAUCUGUGAGGUCUGCCCCUCCCGGCAUUUUAUGUUUCUAGGCACUUAAUGACUGUUGAGGGAAACUUUUUAUUGCACAGGAUUUCUUGCCAAUCCUGCUUUGGGCAACACGUGGCUGUGGCUCAGGGGCACCUCAUUAAGAAGCAGAGAAAAUAUCAGAUACCCAUUAUGGAACAUGGCAUCUAAUUCCUAACACUGUAAAUGUUACUUUGUGUUGAAUAUUUCCCCUCUGCCGAUCACUAUUAUUUGUGGGCUAAUAUUGUAUUACGCAUUGCGUCCUGUGGUGAGCAUCUAGUAAUAGAUCUGUUACACAUCA